AGUAGAGUACAUGAUUCUGUUGCUUUUUAUGAAUAAAUGUUUCGAUGAGAUUAAACAUUUGAUUAUCUUUUAUCACUAGAUACGAACAAUUGAUCGCAAUUGUGAAAUUCCCCACGAAGGUCCUUUCUGUGAUCUUAUGUGGAGUGACCCUGACGAGAUAGAGACAUGGGCUGUUAGUCCCCGUGGUGCAGGUUGGCUAUUCGGAUCACGAGUCACAGCAGAGUUCAACUUUGUUAACGGUAUCGAGCUAGUUUGCCGAGCUCAGCAGCUGGUGCAGGAAGGCUUAAAGUACAUGUUUCAGGAGAAGGGCCUUGUGACUGAAAGAGACGUCAAGUUCUUCACGGAGACAGAGGAGAACAACCAGAUGCGAGGCCCAAGGACCGCAGUCCCAUAUUUCCUCUGACUUCAAUUGUACAAUUUUAGAAGUCAAAUGUUUAAAUCUGUAAGGGCUAAAAGAUCAACCAGAGGUGUUUGUUGUUGUAGGUUCAGAUCAUAGUGCAAUAUGAUGCAUUUGAUUUCUCCAUUUUCUUUUAACCACAUGUGCAAUAGACCAUCGGGAGUCAUAUGUUACUGUAUCCCUUCAAGUGACACCGUCAAGUUUUGUUCUUGAUUUAUUUCACGUGCUAUUUAUCAUC